AUGUCGUGGUCCUGCUUUGAGCAGGGGCGCCUGGUGUGCAUGAACAUGCCUCUGAACAGCGAUGGCACCGUCCCCUUCAACGCCACUCUCUUCGCUCUGGUGCGGACUGCCCUCAAGAUCAAGACGGAAGGUAACUUUGAGCAGGCCAAUGAAGAGCUGAGGGCCAUUAUCAAGAAGAUCUGGAAGAGAACUAGCAUGAAACUCCUGGACCAGGUCAUUCCACCAAUUGGAGAAGAUGAGGUAACUGUGAGCAAGUUCUACGCGACCUUCCUCAUCCAGGAGCACUUCAGGAAAUUCAUGAAGCGCCAGGAGGAGUAUUAUGGGUAUCGGCCCAAAAAGAACGCCAUUGCUAUGCAGGCUGGUCUGACAAGCAUUGAAGAGGAAGCUGCGCCCGAGAUACACCGAGCGAUCUCUGGGGACCUGACGGCCGAGGAGGAGCUGGAGAGGGCCAUGAUGGAGGCAGCGAUUGAGGAAGUGAUAUACAGGAGGACGGGUGGCUUGUUCGGUCAUGUUGACUCCUUCAUGGAGCGGAACAGGCCCCUGCAGCCCCACGUGACCAACCAGAGACCCCUGCAGUUCACCGAAGUGGGGAGUGAAGACUUGGACUCCCCUGUCUUCCUCGAUGACUUCCCCCCUCCCCCCCCCAGACAGGAACACCAACAACAGCAACACAGCCACACGCUGCAAAUGUUUCUCCUUCGCAGAGGCUCGUGAACAUUAGAAAGAGAAAACGUAAGACGAGGGACGAGAUGUUCACGGAGCUGCAGAUGUCCGCCCAGGCUGAUAGAGCACAGCAGAAUGCGUGGAGGCAGUCAAUGACGGAGAUGAGAAAAGCCCAAUAUGAACGAGAGGAGAGGUGGCGGGCUGAAUUGCGGGAAGAACAGAGCAAGUGGCGGGCUGAAGACGAUAGGUGGCGUCAGCUUGCAGACAGACGGCAAGAGGCAAUGCUCCGUCUGCUGGAGCAUCAAAGUGAUAUGCUCGAGCGUAUGGUUGAGUUGCAGGAAAGGCAGCAGGAGCAGAGACCGCCGCUACAGCCCCUGUGUAACCAACAGCCCUCCUCCCCAAGUUCCAUAGCCUCCUCACCCAGAUGCCCAAGAACACGGUGGGGGGGCCUCCGUCCACCCAGUCACUCCACCCCAGAUGAUCGCCAAAGCAUCAGAAGGCUGG